ACAGAGUAGUGUAGAAUAGUAAAGAUAAUAAUAGUGGUGGCGGUAUGAGGGACAAUUCAGAAUCCGUAGUCGGUUCUAUAUAAGAGUACCAGCUAUAUCAACCGGAGGAGACAUUCUCUCUUAGUAACCAGCCCGCUGAUGACCAAACAUUAAGGUCGUUGAGUACAAAAACCGCGUCGCCAAGUUGUGUGAUUAUCGCGUCACGAAGAAGAAGAGUCCAAAAAUAACCGGUAUAAUUGGAAAGAAAUCAUCUAGUGAGAAAAAAGAAAACUAGGAGAGACAAUAAGAGGAGCAGAAAAAAUUAACGAGAAGUGCGUGCUUUCAGAAAGAAACUACCGAGUCGAGUGUUCGAUCAAAAGGCAAGAAAAGUAUAUAUACGAGUGAAAGGGAAUCAGAAUUGUCGUAUUUCGACAGUCAUUGGUAGUGCGAGCAACGUAGUUACGAAGUAAAAGUGUUAACUCUCUCUGAAAUUGAAUUGUCGAAAACAAAUAGAAAAUCAAACAGAACAGAGUGAUAAGAUCUUUGCUGAUACAAGCAAAAAAUUACAAUUUCUUCGAACGCCUAAAAAUGGGUACUCUGCAGCAGCAGUCAAUCUUACAAGGUCAACACACAGGAAGGAAUCAGAAGAAAGAUUUAGUGCACGAAUUGUUCAGUCAUGCAGCAAAAUCCCAUCCAAAUCAAAUUGCGAUAUAUUAUGAAGAUGACACCGGACAGGAAUAUAAACUAUCUUUUAAAGAAUUGGAUAACAUCACUAAUCAGUUGGCACGAGCUUUACAAAAGUACGAAAAAUUCGAAACUACUUCUCAGUCUCUAAUAGCUGUCUGCAUGAAACCGUCGCAUCGACUUCCAACUAUAUUACUUAGUAUUCUAAAGGCAGGAAUGGCUUAUCUACCUUUGGACGUGGAAUUUCCCAUGUCUAGAGUGAAACACAUUCUCGAGGAAGCGCAACCAUUAAUAAUACUGGUUGAGGAAGGAGCGGAUUUAUCUAUCUAUGAAGGAGCUUUAAUCGUAACGUAUGAAAAACUUCUAAAAGAUACUAAACAAGAACAAGAAAAUACAUUACAAACCAAGGAGGAUUCGAAUCAACUUGCUAUCGUUCUCUAUACUUCUGGAAGCACAGGAGUUCCCAAAGGUGUGCUUAUACCUCAUACUACUCUAUUGAAUCGUCUACAAUGGCAAUGGAGGGAAUUUCCAUAUGCUGACGAUGAAGAACGAUGUGUUUUCAAAACUUCUCUUACUUUCGUCGACAGUGUUCCCGAAAUUUGGGGACCUCUUCUGCAAAGCCGUACCUUAGUAAUUGUGCCGAAAAAUGUAACUAAAGAUCCGGAAAAGUUCAUACCACUUUUAGAAAAGCAUCAGAUACAACGUUUAGUCCUUGUGCCAUCGUUGCUGCGUUCAUUGCUCAUGUAUUUAGAUUUGCGAGAUAAUAACAAUGUUCUCGGUCGCUUGAAACUCUGGAUCUGUUCCGGGGAAACCUUAUCGGUCGCAUUGGCCGAUCAAUUUUUUGCCACGUUUGACAAUAAGGAUAAGAUAUUAGCUAAUUUCUACGGUAGCACAGAAAUCAUGGGCGACGUUACAUAUUAUUUAUUAAAUAAACGGGCACAAUUACAAGGAAUGAAGAAAGUGCCAAUCGGAAAACCGAUUGACAACUGCAUAAUUUAUCUCGUAAACAAAGAUAUGCGACUGGUUCCCCAGGGAGAAGUUGGAGAAUUGAUAGUAGCUGGAAGAAAUCUUGCUGCGGGUUAUAUACGCGAACGAGAUACACAUAAAUUUUUGGACAACCCUUACGCCAUCGAUCCAGAAUAUUCAAAAAUCUUUCGUACGGGCGAUUACGCUAAAAUUGUUAAAGAGUCGAUAAUUUAUGAAGGACGAAUAGAUUCGCAGAUCAAGAUUAGAGGUCACCGUGUCGAUCUCACGGAAGUCGAAAAAGUGAUCACCAGAAUAUCUAAUAUCGAUAAAGUCGUGGUUCUUUGUCACAAACCUGGUGAACUAUCACAGGCAUUAGUAGCCUUCGUUACCAUUAUGGAUGGGACAAAUUUAUCCAGUUUGGAAAUCGAAGAUUUUCUUCAAAGGACGCUUGCGCCAUAUAUGUUACCACAAAUUUUUAUUGUUGAUCACAUACCUCUUCUAACCAAUGGAAAAACGGAUCGACAGACAUUAUUACAGAAAUAUGAAUCAUCUUACUCUAAUAAUGAAGACGACUUUUCUACGAAUUGCGAUUAUAGCGGCGUUCCAAAUCAAGAUCUUGCAAAAGCCUACAUCCUCUUUCCGACUAUCGCAUCUGUAAUCGGACGUAGUGGUCGAGUGUUGGUAACGUUACACUCGAAUUUUUACGAGCUUGGUGGAAAUUCCUUGAAUUCCAUUUAUACCGUGACCAAGUUAAGAGAUCAAGGUUAUCAAAUCAGUAUUACGGAUUUUAUUACCGCGAAAAAUUUAGCUGAUGUAUUAAACCGAAUGAAGCUCAUGUCAUCUGAUGAAGAACCUCUGAAAGAAAUCAUUGAUCAAAAGCCAUAUGUCUUUGAAUCAUUAAGUGAUUGCCAUAAGGAGGACGCGAUCGAAAUAAUCACAGAGAGCUUUUAUUCAAAAGCCGAUUUGGAACAGUGGUUAAUACCAGACAUAACAAAGGGUGACUAUCGGGAAUUAAUGGAAAUUAUGUGGGAGUUUUAUGUAGAAAAAGACCUUAGUUUUGUGAUAAAGUCGGCGCAGAGUAGCAAAAUAAUCGGAGUUGCUCUCAACUUUGAUCUUUGGGAUGAACCUGCAGUGGUACUAAAAUCUAAAUUAAUGAUCAUUUUUGAUUUUCUCGAGUAUGUGGAAGGACCGAUCAGAGAUUGCAAAUUACCAAAGAAUAAAGGUCAGAUAAUUCACAUUUCCAUGAUGGGGACAAACAUUGAUUUGAGUCCCGCGGAGAACGUGCUUGUAAUGAAACACAUGGAAGAAUAUUGUUUGCAACUCGCCAAACAAAAAGAGUACAUGGGAAUUUUUACCACAAAUACUAGUCCGCUCACACAGCAACUUGGUACGGACGUACUCGGUUAUGAAACAAUGCAGAUAUAUCAAGUGAAUAAAUACGAAACUCCCGAAGGAUAUAAACCUUUCGGUAAAGCUCCUGACAGUCAAGUAGUAAUUUGUGCAUUGAAGAUGAUCAACUAA